AUGGAUUUGCGCACGAUCAUGAACAACGACGGCGGUUCCAAGCCUGCUCCGCCCACACAAACCUCGAGUUCUCCGAUCGAUCCCACUCAGCAGCAGCGCGCGCAACAGAACUACUCGGACUUCGCCACUCGUCCUCCACAGCCUCCGUUGCAGCAUCCGCAUGGCUCCCCAGAACGAUCCUCGCCCUAUGCUCCUCCCCAAUCGCCGUACCAACAGUUCAAGGGCGCCCCCGCGCCUCCACCAUUGAAUACAGGAGCGCAAUCUCAGCGGAGUCAAAGCCCUCCUCAGGUUAUGACUCCAUAUGGACCUGGCGCGCGUGACCAAUACAGCGCGUCGGCGUACAAUUCGCAUCCACAACACCCCGCCGGCCCCUUGGCCUCACCGUACACACCGCAGCCUCUCAGUGCGGGUCUUCAUCAUCCGGAACAGGGUUCGUACUUUGCACAGCAGAGAUCUCACUCGUUACAAUCGGUCAUGACGAAUCCGCAAGCCCCGGGGGAGACGUUCCGUCCACGAGACAGCCCUCCCACCGCCACGCAGCCUCCACCCCAUCACUUUUCUCCUCCUUCCCAUCGUCCUGCCCCGGAGACUCCUCUGGGACCCCCCGCCGCGUUCUCCUCUCGCAAAUCCCCCUCUGUGCGUCCGCUGUCCUCCGGCCGCGAUUCUCCGCGCAAUCCUCUGUCCAGCCCUCGACCGAUGCAAGACACGCCCAUGCGAGACUCAACAAACACACAAUCUCCAUCUCUUUCCCGGAACUUCUCACCCAGCUCUAGACCGUCCGAAUCCACUCCUCAACCUCACUCGGCCGGCCUCAAACAAGAGCAUAUGGGAACAGCAAGCCCGGAGGCUUCGAGGCAGAACAGCAUCGCGGGUACAUCUGAAACAGCCGGAGCUCCAAUGCGCUCAUCAGAAGAUGGAAGAUGGAACGAGAGUCCUACGGCAUCGUUUCCAUCGGGACCAGGGGCGGAAACACGUGUCUCUCCAAUCGCAAUGGCUAAUGCCCAGAUGAAUAGCUUCUCAGGGCCGAGAAGUGGAUCCCACCCCCUGAAGUCGGUGAAGAUGGAGGUUGACCACGACCCAAUGCCUCGUUUUGAGAACCAACCGUCAAUCGAUAAUCCGCUACCAAAGGCGAAGAGGAGACGAUACAAUGAGCCCCCAAUUUAUGCUCAGCGGUCGGUCCGUACCAAAGGCAAAUGCCCUGUGAUUCCCAACCCACAAUCUCCUGUUCCGAAACAUUUACGCCAGUCGAGCCAGGAGCCCUGGGCCGCUCGCAGGCGAUCCUCCACAAAUGCGUCCGCAGUGACCACUGCGACUUCGCAUGCUGUACGGACACCAGGCUCUGUUCCGCCCAGCGCGAACGGUCCUCCACCGCAGGCGGCACCGGCACCGGCACCGAUGCCUGCGCCUGCGCUUGCACCUCAGGCUUCUACACGCCCCGUGGGAUCAUUGGGACCGUGGGAACCUUCAAUCACCGGACUCAUUCCCUUCGAGGAGAUUACAAAAUCUCUCUGUGAUUUCCUUUUCAAGCAUGUCGUCAUGAGAAACGACGUAGCUGUUGGAGGAGCAGGCUCAGCUGCCACUGGACAAGGAACAAUCAUUGAAGUAGAGGCGAAGCUAGGCCAUGUCAUCGAUCAGGAUCGUCGAGAAAGACUGCGCUUGCCUGUUCUCACAGAGAGCGUCAUCAAUCGCGAUUCCGGAUUUCGGACAGCAUUUGAGAGCAGCAUGACAGUCGAGCAACACCGCGCCAUGAACAACUUUCUAAACGAAACCGUCAGACAUUCCAUGCCGGCCGCUGACCCAAAACGUAUCCCACUCACGUACGCACACAAAAAGGAACGUGAUACCUUCUACGAAGUCGAUCCCAACGACCUUCCCCCGGUGAUUCGUCAAAAUCUUAACCCUCGCCACAAGCCCAAAGUCCGUGUGACAACCGACCAACGAACCGGUGAAGUGAUCGCCAAAAUUAUCAAAUGCCGAGUCGCCGACAUCGACGUGUACAGUCCCCGCACAACAGUUGACUGGCGCGUAUCUGUCAAUCUUGAAAUGGAAUACGAAGGAGACCACACCCAGCUCCCAAUGGUAGACGCAUCAAAGGGUGGCCGUGGCGAGCGAAACAAAGACCGCAUGAGUUACAGACACUUAGCCUAUCAGAUCGAUCUGACGCAGGUAGCCAGGGCCGAGCUUGCAACGAAAAAUGAAUUCGAGCACGAGCUCGAGAUCGAAAUCUCGGCCGCUGAAAUCCGUCGACAAGGAACCUUGGCUAUGGCUGGUGACCCGUCGAAUCAGUACGAAGAACUGGUAAAGGGCUUUGUGGAUAAUAUUCGAGUCCUGGCACGAGCAGUGCCACCUUGA